AUGUUUGCACACAUCACUGCCCUCGCCGCACUUUACGCGGGUGUACUCGCGCAUGGUGAGCAUGAAGAUCAAAUUCCAAUUGCUGGGCCACACAAAUCAUUGUGGUAUAACACUUUACCAGGAGAUGGUGGAACUCAAGCCGAUUCGGUAUUCUCAGGCAUCUCGACGUUUGGUAGAUUACCAUAUUCUCCAUGCUUAGCAACAGACGAUGUGAAAUAUGACAUUGCAUUCAUCGGGGCUCCAUUCGACACCGGAACUUCAUACAGACCAGGAGCUCGAUUCGGGCCUUCUGGAAUUCGACAGGGCUCAAGACGUCUCAAUCUCUAUGGAGGAUACAAUGUCCCACUAGCCACAAACCCUUUCGAUAGUUGGGCAACAGUGAUCGAUUGUGGGGAUAUCCCGGUCACAUCUUAUGACAACUCCUGGGCCCUUCAUCAAAUUGAAGAAGGCCACAACUCAAUUCUGUCCCGCGCGCCCGCGACUGACUCUAAGAAGCUCGGGCCCGCAAAAAACGGGAAAACCCUUCCAAGGGUCAUCACAUUGGGUGGAGAUCACACAAUUACUCUUCCUCUACUCCGUUCCAUCAACCGUGCAUAUGGUCCUAUCUCCGUCGUUCACUUCGACUCACAUCUUGAUACUUGGAAACCAAAAGUAUUUGGUGGAAGUCCAUCGAAAGUUGCUUCCAUCAACCAUGGCACUUAUUUCUAUCAUGCUGCUCAAGAAGGCUUGCUCGCCAACGACACAAAUAUCCAUGCUGGUAUUAGGACUACUUUGAGUGGUCCUAGCGACUAUGAAAAUGAUGGCUACUGCGGAUUUGAGAUUGUGGAAGCAAGAGAAAUCGAUACGAUUGGUAUGGAUGGUAUCAUCAAGAAAAUCCGAGAUCGUGUCGGACUCGAAAACCCCGUUUACUUAUCAAUUGAUAUCGAUACUUUAGAUCCAGCCUUCGCACCCGCAACCGGUACCCCUGAAACAGGCGGCUGGUCCACAAGAGAGCUGAGAACUAUCUUAAGGGGAUUAGAAGGUCUUAAUUUGAUAGCGGCGGAUAUUGUGGAGGUGGCUCCUGCGUAUGAUACGAAUGCUGAACAUACUACUAUGGCGGCCGCGGAUGCACUUUAUGAAGUGCUUAGUUUGAUGGUUAAGAAAGGGCCGUUGAGUUUGAUGAUGGGGGGAAAGACGGAGAGUAAAGCGGAAAUUUAG